AUGGUUUUUGGAAGUAAAACAAUUGCACAUCUUUCAACAGGAGUACGUGUUAUGGAUUUAACACAAACUGUUAAAUUUGAGAGGACAGUUACAAUCGCAAAGAUAUCACAUGACUCGAUAAUUGGCCAAUUCAAGAUGGUGGACACACAGCACUUCUGCCUCCGGUGGAACAACUACCAGAGUAGCAUUACCAGCGCGUUCGAGAAUCUUCGGGAUGAUGAAGACUUCGUGGAUGUCACCCUCGCGUGUGACGGGAAGAGCCUUAAAGCACAUAGGGUCGUGCUGUCAGCUUGUAGUCCAUAUUUCCGGGAACUACUUAAAUCAACUCCAUGCAAGCAUCCAGUAAUUGUGCUGCAAGACGUGGCGUUCGCAGACCUGCUUGCACUGGUCGAGUUCAUAUAUCACGGGGAAGUGAAUGUUCAUCAACGAAGCCUCUCGUCGUUCCUCAAGACCGCGGAGGUCCUUCGCGUAUCCGGACUCACUCAAAAUGAUGACAAUCAAGGGAGCCUCGUUCAAAGCGUCGCACGCGCAACCGCAGCGGCAGCCUCAUCUCCCCACACUCCUCCUCACCCUGCACACACUCCCCAGGCCCCUCACACCCCUACUUACUCUGAAAAGCUGGAGGAAGCCCUCCUACAUCCCCCAUCGUCCAUAAUGCGUCGUAUCCUUCCUCCUCGCCGCAUGUCCCGCUCCGCUGACAACUCCCCGGACGUCAUUAAACGAGCUCGUCACGACAAUAAUAACGACCAACCUCAGAUCCACGACUUUUCCACAAAAAAUCACUCUAUGGUCAAUAACACUCGUGCCCAUGAACAAGGGAAUAAUGGCAACGGGAUAUGCAACUCAAGUUCGUCUCCUUCUCCGAGGCUCAUGGAUGAAGUCAAAAAUGAACCCCUGGAACUGAUGUGCCCAUCGAACCCGGAUAUCGACAGGAGUACAGAUGACACGCCGCCGCAUUCUCAUCACCGACCACUCGGAGGCCCACCGUCACGCGCGAGCUCGGCCGAAGCAGACGACCGCACUCCGCCACCCCAGCUGCCGACGUCGCCGUUUAUAACGCCCGCCGAUACAAAGCUUUUCGCAUCGCAACAUAACUACAACUAUGGCAUGACGGCUCUCACUGAUGCUUCCUUGGCCGGUCUGUCCAGCCCGCUGACUCCGGACUUGGCGGGCACAUCUCAAGGUGGCGCCCGCACCCCCCAGGAAGAGUACCGAUGCGAGCCCUGUAACAAGAGCUUGUCUUCCCUGACCCGGCUCAAACGUCAUAUCCAAAACGUUCACAUGCGACCCUCCAGGGAACCCGUUUGUAACAUUUGCCGGCGGGUUUACUCCAGCCUGAAUAGUUUGAGAAACCACAAGUCGAUCUACCACCGCAAGCAGCAACCGCCCUCCGGCCAGGGUUCGAAAUUUGCCACGAGUGGCACACUGUGCCAAUUGGUUCCAAACUGGGACCCGUCGAGACGGUCGCUGUGGUGUUGGUAUGUAGGGUUGUUUGGACCCGAGACUAAUGCGCUAAUGUUGGUCGUUAUGUGUGGCGCAGUGGGGCCGCUGGGGACGGGUCACCGUUGCGAGGUGUGCGGCAAGCUGCUGUCGACGAGGCUCACGCUCAAGCGUCACACUGAGCAACAACACCUGCAGCCGCUCCAUUCGGCCCGGUGCACCCUCUGCCACAAGGUGUUCCGCACCCUGAACUCCCUCAACAACCACAAGAGCAUCUACCACCGCCGCCAGCGUGCGACCCAACAGCAGCCGCAGAACCUCUCGGCGGAGGCUAAGCUGCCGACCACUCAACCAAACAUCGACUUCUACAAGUUCAAAGAUCAGUUUAACGUC